AUGAUCACACCUACAUUUAAAGUAGAUCAAGAUGACAAUUUUGUUUAUAUUACCAUCAAUACGCCGCAUGUUAGGGCACAAGAUGUAGAUUUAUAUGUUGAAGGCAGUGAAUUUCGAUUUUAUUUACGACCUUACUUUCUAAGAUUACAUUUUCCUGGAAACAUCAUCGAGGACGAUCAAUCCAAAGCGACAUAUGAUCCUUCAGCAGGACAAUUCACAAUCAAAGUCUCCAAGGAAACCAAAGGUGAACAGUUUGCCGACUUGGAUCUAUUGACAAAGUUACUGGCACGUACCGGAGAAGCAGAAAAAAAGAAGAAACCCAUGAUUGAGGUGGUAGGCGAAGAAAGUGCCAUGGACGAGAUAGAAGAAGCUGAAGAGUUUAAUUGGGAAAUACCUCAAGAGUUACCCAAGGAGCAACUGAGUACGCACACAUAUUAUGGAUUCAAUCAGCAAUACACGGGAUACUUUACACACGUUCAAGAGACAUUGAAUGAGAUUAAUGAUAUUCAGAGUCCAGAGACAUCCACAAUCGAGUCACGACGUGAAGAACGUCUGCAGUUGGAGAAUGAGCAGUUUGAUGAGGACCAUUAUUGUACGGAUUUUGCCGAAGACGAAGAAAUUAGACAGCUGAUGAAGUACAAGACGGUGUAUGCCAAGGAGCUAAAGAGGAUGCAAAAGGAAAAUGACGAGGCAAAGAUGACGUUUACGAGUCAAGAGGAAGAAAUGAUGCGUCAGUUGCCACGCAAAGAGUAUUUAGUUUCAAAUGAAAAAAGCGUCUAUCUUGGUCUUGUGGACCUCUUAUUCGCUUACAGCUAUAAUCACCGCAUGACCGAAGGAGAAGGAAAUGUGGAGUCAGCUUGGUGUAUCGGCAAGCUGAGUUCAACCUUGUCCUGUCUGGAGGUAUUGUUUUUCUCACACAAACAACAAUUUUUUACAUUGAAAGAAGUCAUCAUCACAUCCUUUAGACGAUCUCUCAUCUAUCCACUCUAUCGACACUUUGAAUUUUCAGAAAAGGUCGUUCAAGAUGUCUAUAUCCUCUUUAAACUGGGCAAACGAGCGAUAUUAAAAGCGUUACUGGAAAUGAAAUACAUAUUUGACCACCAUGACGUUUAUUAUAUUUACAGUAAAAUCUAUUUAGAUGACUACUGUGUGUGGAUCCAGCACGCAAGGUGA